UAAAUGUCAUCAAUUGUUUUCUUACGGUGUCAUCGACGAAGCCAACUUUCUUUUCAGCUGAUAAAUAGGCAAAAGAGACUUUGAUUUUCUUGGCAGCAAGAAAAUGAAGAGGCAGAGAAACGUGGUAGAGGUUAGCAACAGGAAAGGCGCCACUACAAGAUUAAUCGGCGCGAAGCCGACGACAAUGUCAAUGUCGAAGAAGAAGGUCAAGAGGGAGGUUGAGAUCAAGGAGGAAGAUGUGGGGGAGCAGAGGAGGAAAGGGAGCGAUGACUCAGCAUCACGGUUCGUGGCGGCGGCGCCGGAGAAUGUGUUGGGUUGGGAGGAGUACUGUCCGUGGUUGGGUGGUGCUGUGGAUGAGCAAAUGUCGUGGGGUACCUUUUGGCUACCGUUUUGGGAUGUUGAGUUUAUAUGCGAAGCUUAUACUACAUUCUUCGGUGAUGUAGUUUGGGAUGAUGAUAUUUGGAAUGUGAUGGGUAUCACGGAGGUGCCAAAACCAUGAGACACACAGAGUUCGAGCUUCUUCUUCUCUCUCUCUCUCUGUUUUUUUUUUUUUUUUUUUUUUUUUUUUUUUUUUUUUUUCACUUUGGUUUAUGUCUUUAUACAAUAAAUAUUUAGUC